AUGGACAAUGAAUUAAUAGAUAUACCAAUUGAUUAUGAUGAACCAAAGUUAGACACAUAAGAAUUAUAUCUAGGAUAAUAGGAAUAAGUGUCUUAAAUUAUAUACCCAUCACUCCCUUUACUUAAAGGUGAAGUUGAUUAGAAACCCUAAAUUCAUAAAAUCAUCUUCCAUCUUACUGAAUUGGUCUAAUAGAGUUAUACAUAAUAUUAUGAAAAUAUUUCAUAUGUGGUUUGGAGUUAAGUUGAUGAAGAACCUCCUAAGACAGUUCAUAGGAAAUACACUCAUUUUGAAUGGCUAAAUGCAGCAUUAAAACGAGAGUUUCCAGGAUUACUCAUUCCUGCCAUUCCACCAAAAACAGUUUUAGCAAAAAUUAAUAUAACUGAACAUACUUAAAUAGUGAGAGAGAAACGAUAUAGAGUAUUUUAUAUAUAUUAUAAUUUCAGCAAUUAGAAGAAUUUUUAAAUAAAAUCAAAGAUCAUCCUUAAUUAUAAGUUAGUAGUAAAUUUCAAUUAUUUCUUUCAGCAUCUUAAGAGGUAUAAAUAAUUAAUAGUUUUAUAGAUUAUUUAAUAGGAACUCUUAGAAUUGUCUUAAUAUCAAACAUAUGUUCAUCAAUUAGGAUCAGCUAUUGCAAAUGCUGGAUCAAAGGCUUAUGAUCUUGCAAAAGGAUCUUUUAAUUACUUAAGCAGUUUUAUAUACACUGGAUAAUAGAAUUCUCAAAAAUAAUUGCAAUAUCCUGAUUUAGACAUUCCUUAAGAUAUAAAAGAAUUCAUUGAAAGUUGGGAAGAUGUAUUGAAAAUUUAAUUAUUUAGUUAUUAAUUGAAGAAUAAUAGAAAGUGAAAAGAAUUUUUGAAUACUACUAAAAUAUAGUUAAUAUUAAAUUAGAGCAAAACGAGGAUACUAAAAAAGUUAUAAGUUCUAUGAAAGAACUUGAAUUACCAUAAUUAGAAAAAGAUAUUAGUAAAACUGAAGCAAGUUAUUACCUCAAUGAGACUAUCUUUAAUGAGAUUAAAUUGAGUGUAAUAUUCAAAUUGGAGGUACAUAUAUUCUUUUAAAUAGCUCUGUAUCCUAGAUUUAGAUGAAGCUAUAGGCAUAAUUAGAAGACGAUCUGAUUUGAUUUAUUAGAUUUAAUAAUAAAUCAAAAUACAUAAUCAAAUUGAAACUUUUAAUGGUAUUAUCAAUUAUUUACCUAAGAAAAAAUUUAAUAUAAAGAUUAAAUUAGAGAGAACUAAAAAGUACUUAAAAUCUUAGAAUCAAACUUUUAGAAAGAUAUUACGAGAUUUGCUAAUUGGCUUAAUAAUUAUCUUUAAUAAUUAAUUAGGAAUUAUAAUGAAUAGUUUUAAAAAUUGUACAAAGAAUAAAAUAAUAAUUGGAAUAAUUGA